AUGGCCAGCCAUAUCAUCGGCAACCGCAACAGCACCCCGGAGGCGGCCCCGAAUUCCACCCUGCGUCCUCCGUCGUCUGCCCGCAACCUCGGAUCGCACCAGCUGCGGGCCUCCGCCGACAUGUCCGGAUUCCCCUCGCCGCUGUCCUCCCGCAGCAUGCGUCCAUCCUCGGAGGUUUUCUUCAACCCACAAUCCCAAGGUCAAAACACAACGGAGGAUGCCUUGGAUCGGGCAGCCCAGCAGUGGCUGGCGGAUAUUGAUCAGUACGAGGCAACACUGGAGGAGAUGGCAGCGGCCACUCUCGACCAGGACUUCAAAGAUGAACUCAGUGCCAUCGAGCAGUGGUUCCGCGUCCUGAGCGAGGCGGAGCGGACGGCAGCGCUAUAUGCGUUAUUGCAGCAGACCACCCAAGUGCAGAUUCGGUUUUUCAUCCAAGUCCUGCAGCAGAUGUCCCAGAGUCAUCCCAUGUCUGGGCUUCUUUCUCCGGCCAACUUUGGUGAAAAAGGUAAUCAACGCAACGAUCUACAUUUUCAUGCAUCCCAAAACAAACAAAUGGCUAACUCCAUCUUCCCUAUCGCAGAUGCUAUGUCUAGCCGCUUGAGCGAUGCCAUGUCGAAACUCAAUAUGGACACCUCCCGGGGUUCCUUGGGCCGGCCCCCGCCAUCCCCCGGCGCGAAGCGUAACUCGGGUCUCGAUUCGUCUACUAUAAACGCGAUGUUCCCGGAUGCUGCGGCCGCGAUCGCGAAGAAGAAGGCGGAGUUCACACAACAGACGGGCAAUGCCCCUCCAUCGAACCGGAACAGUGCGGUCUUCGGAGACCGUACCUCGUUCGUUGCACCCACCAUCUCCGCUCCUGAUAACAGCUCGGACAACCUGGGCCAGCCCCCAACCUCCCCAUGGGGUCAACGUGGCGGUCUCCCCGACACCCAGCCUCCGAUUGCUCGACCGAAAUCCUCUUCGGGACAUCAGCCCAUGGGCCAGUUCAGCCAGACUGUCAACACCUCGGGCAUGCGUUCUCCUCUACCCCAGACCGCCAACAUGCCCGCGCCUGACAUUGAGCCCCCUAUGCUCUCACCAUACAACGUUGGAAAUCACAGCUGGGCGUCGAUGACCAAUACCCCGAUGACCGCAACCUUCGGCCAGCAGCAGCAGAACAAUGGACAGCACUCUCAGGCUGACAUGGUGGCCAACGCGACCGCGAUGAAGUUGGCUGCUUUGUCUACGGUGAACAACCGCAUUGCGCUGGAUGAUGCUCGGAAGUACCGCCGGGCCCGCUCCAACGAUGGCCAGGGCAAGAACUCGGCCGCCAACCCUACCAUCUCCCAAGGUCUGGCCAGCCCAGGUCUGCACGGAUCGAUGGCCAGCCAGCUGCUGAAUGCGCAGCAACUGGCCGCAUUACAGGCCCAGCAGCAGGCUGCCAUGGCGGGACGGCGAUCUCGCCCGACCUCCCCCGGCAUCGCUAUGCAGGGGGGUGGCCUCGGUGCGAUGAGUUUCACCUCCCCGCAGAACAAUGGUUUCCUGGCAGCCUACGACCCGAACAACCCGCUGAUGGGUAACGGGCUGGCCUCGCUGGGUAUUGGGCAGUUCGGUCUAGGUGGUGAGGGCUACCUCUCUGACCAUUCUGAGGUCGCCCGUGGACGGUCGCCACGUGGUCGUCGUGGCAGCUCGAAGCCGCCAGAGGACCCCACGGACCCCGCUCUUCUGAAGGACAUCCCCAGCUGGCUGCGAUCCCUUCGGCUGCACAAGUACACCGACAACCUGAAGGACCUCAAGUGGACGGAGUUGGUCGAGCUUGAUGACAAGGCCCUGGAGGACCGUGGUGUCAACGCGUUGGGUGCGCGGAACAAGAUGCUCAAGGUCUUCGACCAGGUCCGAGAAGCCCGUGCAGACGGCAAGCUUGAUAACGUUCAGGGACUGUGA